GAAGUUCCCCAGCGCGAGCCCGGAGUGCGCCGCGCAUGCGCAGAUCGCCGUGGGGAAGAUGAGCGGAGCCGCAGACGCCGUUAUGGGUACAAAGCAAUAGUGGGAGAACUCGAAAACAGCGCGUUUUGUCCACAAGACAGGCAGCGCAGAGCGAACGUUGCACUGGCACAGCGGUGAGACAGAGAUACAGGCACGGCGAACGCCGCGGCUCGCGCCACACACUCAGGGAUCCGUUCCCGAGGCGAGAGUCAGAGUGGAGCACAGGUGAUGGGUUCAACUGAAAGGAUCAUCAAGCAUGCAGUUAUUACUUAAUGGAAUUCUGGAUUCCUGACUCAGUUGCCUGGUCACGUUUUUGCCCACUUCACAAGAGGCUGUGUGCUGAAGUUCAAAGGUGUAGUUGGUGCUUCUGCCCGGGGCUCGGGCUGGCGAUGUCACGAGUCUCCAGCCCCCCUCCUCCCGGGGAGAUGUCCAGCGGACCUGUGGCAGAGAGCUGGUGCUACACACAGGUUAAGGUAGUUAAAUUUUCGUACAUGUGGACUAUAAACAACUUUAGUUUUUGCCGGGAAGAAAUGGGGGAGGUGCUGAAGAGUUCGACCUUCUCCUCUGGUCCCAAUGAUAAGAUGAAAUGGUGCCUACGAGUGAACCCUAAGGGACUUGACGACGAAAGCAAAGAUUAUCUGUCUCUCUAUUUACUACUUGUUAGUUGUCCAAAAAGUGAAGUUAGAGCAAAGUUCAAAUUUUCUUUACUCAAUGCAAAACGAGAAGAAACUAAAGCAAUGGAAAGCCAAAGAGCUUAUCGGUUUGUCCAAGGAAAGGACUGGGGCUUCAAAAAGUUCAUAAGGAGAGAUUUUUUGCUUGAUGAAGCUAAUGGACUCCUACCAGAUGACAAGCUGACACUGUUUUGUGAGGUGAGUGUUGUCCAGGACUCCGUCAACAUCUCGGGGCAGUCUAACAUGAACAUGCUGAAGGUUCCGGAGUGCCAGUUGUCGGACGACCUGGGGAACCUGUGGGAGUGUUCACGAUUCACUGACUGCAGCCUCUAUGUCGGGGGACAGGAGUUCAAAGCACACAAAUCCAUAUUAGCAGCAAGGUCACCAGUGUUUAAUGCUAUGUUUGAACAUGAAAUGGAAGAGAGUAAAAAGAAUCGAGUGGACAUAAGCGAUGUUGACCCUGAUGUUUUUAAAGAGAUGAUGGGCUUUAUUUAUACGGGAAAGGCUCCGAACCUGGAGAAGAUGGCUGAUAACUUGUUAGCUGCAGCAGACAAGUAUGCUUUGGAACGUCUGAAGGUCAUGUGUGAAGAAGCCCUGUGCAGCAGCCUCUCCGUGGAGAAUGUUGCCGACAUUCUCAUACUUGCAGAUCUGCACAGUGCCGAGCAGCUCAAAGCACAAGCCAUAGAUUUUAUCAACAGAUGCAGUGUCCUACGACAGCUGGGCUGUAAAGAUGGCAAAAACUGGAAUAGCAAUCAAGCGACAGAUAUAAUGGAGACUGCCGGCUGGAAGUCAAUGAUCCAGUCCCACCCUCAUUUAGUGGCUGAGGCCUUCCGUGCUCUAGCGUCCGCACAGUGCCCUCCCUUUGGCCUGCCCAGGAAACGCCUAAAGCAGUCCUGACUGGUGAUUUUUAUUUAUUUUUUUUUUUUAUUUUUUUUUAAAGAUAUAAAACAGACUCCUUCAAGAAAACAAAUUGCAAAGGAUGGUUAUUGGAGGGUGGUGUGCAUGUCACCCCAGAAGUUGCUUGUAAUAACAAGAGUAGCUGUCUGGUUCUAAGGCAGUUGAAUUUGCUCUUCAGGGCUGAGCCAGUGCAUAACACAAGGGACUUGUUCAGAUGAUUGAAGAUUUUUUUUUUUUUUGUUUACUUUUGGUCCUUGAGCUUUAUUUGCGACCUUUUUCAGUAAUUCACAAUGGCCUUAAUUCAAUGCCAUUGCUCCAGAGUUUCUAUUGUUAUUUCUGUAUUUAACUGUGUGCCUGCCUUGUCACAGAGACCAGGCCUCUCCAGAUUGCACUAGUUCCCAUAAUGCUCUAAUUUUAAUAUGAAGUUCUGUAGGAACUUUUCACAAAAUAUGUAAUUCAUGGGAAAUACUGUAUAGCCUCUUCUGUGACUAGAUGUUAAAGUUUGAACAUUCUGAGUGCAAAGUUACUUCUCUGUACUGUUUUUGAAUAUACGCCCCAUAUUGAUGGCACUGUUCAUGUAAAGACAAGCUUAACAUUUUCAAGAGACCGGUGUUAAAGUAGAACAGAUAAUACUUGUGAAAAGCAUUAUGAGAAUUUUUGUAAUGCUGGAUAUGAAAUGUCAUUAAAUGAAUUCCCCCUUUCUAUAUUGUGUACCUCUGUAUUCAGGGUAAAACUAAGGAUUUGUUUACCAGAGGCUUUGUUUCUGGCGGUUUGUCACACAUUGAUAUUUUUCCGAUUCAAUAUUGAUUUGUUCCUCUCAUAUUAUUUGGCUUUUUAUAUUUUUAUCAAGUUAUUCAGGUUCCAAAUAAGUGCUUCUGUUCCAGAAUCAAUAUUCUGUUUAACAAAAAGUUAUGAAUUAUGAAAGGAAGGGGAAAAAUUUAAACUGUAAUGCAUGACUGUUCUGUAGAAAGAAAUCCAUGUCUUUUUUUGGUUUUGUUUAGUUAAACAAUGACUUAUGUGCAUAUACUACAUGUAAUAGAAAAAGUUGAGUGGACAUCAUUUGAAACCCUGUGCAAAUAAACAUGGCACAAAUGUUUGCUGGAAAUGGGAUGCUGAGCAUCAGUUUUCCAGUAGCACAGUUAAAUGUUAAGCAGAAUUGAUAUUUAAACCCAUCACUUGGUUUUUAACUAACACAAUUGUGACAGCCAGAUUACUCAAAGCAAAUAUUAGCCUUAAAAUUCAUCUGGUCUCUGUAUUUACUUAUAAAAGUCUGCAUUGUUGCAAGAUUGUUUUACCGCUUAUCUGUGUGAGGAUGUUUGAAAAGUUUUGUGGCAAUUGUUUCUUUAACUUUGCCUAUGUUAAAACUCAAUGCACAUGCUUAACAGAUUACUCCAUUACAUAGAACAUUUUCUAGUGUGCUCUUAGUCUGUAUAUGUUCAGUCCUCUGUAUUCAUAGUUUUUCCGCAGUGAAGUAACUGUCAGUCAUAGCUGAACCAAAGCAAACAUUUUUUUCCACAAGAGUUGCUGCUGUCCCUUGGUUAUGACCUGAAUGAUGGAACAUUUGUCUUGAUUUUCACACUAACUCGCAUUGCACAAAGCUCUUACAUCUAAGGGUAUAUUACAAAGACUGUUUUCAUUAAGCGGGCAUUUAUAUAUUUUCUUUCAGACACAAGUUAUUUUGAUACCCUUUUUAUGAAUGAGGUUCACACCUGUCUUCAUAUGGUGUCUGGAGAUCUAUGCCAUAGUGUUAGUCUCCCAGAAGUCUGCAAGUUGCCAGCUAUCAUUGUUGAAGCUGCUGUUAAACAUGUUGAAAUUUCUUAUUUAAAAAAAUUAAAUUUGAAAAUUGAGUUCACUUAAUUUGAUGUUUUGACAGUGAACAAUGAAAGGGUUUUUGAGUUUUCAGGUUUAGUCUUAUUGUCUAUUUGAAUACAUCAACCUCUUAACACUGAAUGGCUGUUAACAUUCACAGAUGAAUGACACGAAGUCAGCAGAAAAGUAAAUGCACCAAAAAAGUUUGGAGUCACUGUGCUAUAACAUGUAAUUUAAUGAAUUUUGACAAGAUGGUUGUACUGUAUUGUUUUUUCCUAAGCUGUUAUCAUUUACAUUGAAAUUGAUUUGCUGUUGGCAAAUGUAUUAAUAUUUUGUAAAUCUUAGGUGUUAAAUCCUUAAAAUGUGUUCCUAAA